UGCCCGGAGCGGCUCCCUUUGUGUCCGGCCCCGCUCGCGCGGCUGGGGGGCGCCCCACGGAAGUGAGCCCCCCCCCCCGGAGGAGGGCCGGGCACUGCCCCCCCCCCCCGGUGUGAUCCCCGGAUUUGGGUCUAGCAGCGUUUCCUGCCCACCCGGUUCUGCGUGUGGUGAAGAUUUUGGUCCGGCGGGGGGGGGGAUUGGACCCCCCCCUUGUCUUGUUUUUUUAAUUAUUUCGUGGACAAUGUUCUCCGCGGCCGCCCGCCGCUGGAUCGUACCGGGUGCGGGUUUCUGGACGGCCUUGUAAAGCGGUCUCUCUGGGAGGGACGGCAGGAGACGGGAUGGAUGAUCGGAAACCGCCCAGCCAGGCCAAAGACUGUGAGGUGCCAGCCGAUGGGGGGGUGUCUUCGGAAGAGCGGGGCGGCGCGGAAGGAGACCCCCUGAAGCCGCCGGAAGGGGCCCCCACUGCCCAGGAGCCGGAAGCCAAGGAGCCGCCCCAGACCUGCAGGCGUUGUGCCCUCUGCAACUGCGGCGAGUGGAGCCUGCAUGGGCAGGGGAAGCUGCAGCGCUUCGAGCCGGCACCCGACUGGACUGAGCGUCUCUCCGGGCUGCCGGACGGGAGGGGCCCUGGCGAGACUCGGGCCCCUGGGGACGACCUGUCCCUGAUCGGCUUCGCGGAGGGGGUGUCGCCAGGAGAGCUCUUUGGGCCAGCGGGGCACUGCUGGGCCCACCACUGGUGCGCUGCCUGGUCGGCGGGGGUGCAGCCACAGGCCGGAGCCGGGCUGAGCCAGGUGGACAAAGCUGUUUUCUCAGGGAUCUCGCAGAAAUGUGAACACUGUCAGAGGAUGGGUGCUACCAUUCAGUGCCACUCGGAGGGGUGUCCGCGGCACUACCACUUCCCGUGCGCGGCGGCCAGCGGCUCCUUCCAGUCCAUGAAAACCCUCCGGCUCCUGUGCCCGGAGCACGUGGCCGAGGCGGUGCAGAUGGAGGACUCGCGAUGCAUGGUUUGUGACGGGCCGGGGGACCUGCGCGACCUGCUCUUCUGCACCAGCUGUGGGCUGCACUACCACGGCACCUGCCUGGACGUCCCCGUCACGCCGCGCAAGCGCUCCGGCUGGCAGUGCCCCGAGUGCAAAGUCUGCCAAACGUGCAGACAGCCCGGCGCGGACUCCAUGAUGCUGGUGUGCGAGGCCUGUGAUAAGGGCUACCACACGUUCUGCUUGAAGCCGGCCAUCGAGAGCCUUCCCACGGACUCCUGGAAGUGCAAGAACUGCCGGGUGUGCUCCGACUGUGGGUCGCGGCCAGCGGCGCUCGACCCCGGGUGCCACUGGUAUGAGAACUACUCGGUGUGUGAAGGGUGCCAGCGGCAGCGGAGCGCGGCGGGAGGCACCGAUGCUGCGCGGCGCUGCCAGAGCUGCCAGAAGCCCUUGCCCCCGGACAGCGACGCGGCAGGGGGUUCCACCUGCCGGGCGUGUCAAGGGCAGCAGAAGCACCCGCAGCCGGACGGGGCCGUGCCCCAGGAAGAGAUGCCCUCGGAGUGUGAAGCCAAACCACGAGGUCCCGCUCCAGAGGCGGAGGAGCCGGAGGAGACGCCAGGCCCAGCAGCACCUGCUAAGGACGAGGCGACGGAGCCGACACCCCCCGAGACAGACCCUGAACCACCAGCCCCACCCCCAGCCCCCCCAGACCCCCCCGUUGCCACGUCGCCCGCCUGCCCCGAGGAGCCGCCACUGGAUGCCAAAGAGGAAGUGGCCCCCACGCAGCCAGCAGGACCCCCUGCCAUCACCGCGGCCCCGCUGGAGCCUGCGGGCAGCUCCCAGCCCCCCACGGAGAAGGAGCCUGCUGCCGCCUCCCCACCCCGGACAGAGACGCCCCCUGCAGCCCCCCAGCUGUGCCCCCCGCAGCCCAGGGAAGCGAUGGAGUGUGGGGAAGAGGAGGGGAUGGACACGGCAGGGGGCGAGGUGGGGUCCCUGGCCAGCCCUGCGGGGGAUGGCGUCCAGCCCACCCCAGCUGUGGCUCUGGGGCCGUUCCCAGGCUUGGCGGGGGAGGAAGAGGAGGAGGCAGCCGCUGGGCUGGAGCAGGCAGGGGCUGCGGGGCGAUGCUCUCCCCAGCUGAGCGAGGAUGGGCUGGAGGAGAGCCGGGGCGGGGGGGACCCUGAGUCCAGCCAGACCCCGGUCAGCUUCACCAGCGAGCUCAAGGGGUCCCCCAUGCUGCUGGAGCACGAGGAGCUGGGCCCGGCCACCCCGAUGGAGGUGUAUGGGACGGGCGGGAAGCUGCUGGAGCGUGGGGAGGAAGUGGGCCCCGAGCCCCCCGUCCUGCGGCCCCGCCCCACCCUCAUCAAGUCGGACAUCGUCAACGAGAUCUCCAACCUGAGCCAGGGCGACACGCGAAGCAGCUUCCCCGGCUCGGAGCCCCUGCUGGGCUCUCCCGACCCCGAGGGCGGGGGCUCGCUCUCCAUGGAGCUCGGCAUGACCUCCGCCGACAGCCUGCAGAAGGACGACGCCAGCUCCCUGCCCCACUGCACCGACUCGCUGGCCGAGACGGACGACUCGCUGCUCUUCGAGCCGGGCGCCGGGGCCAAGGGCGAGGGGGAGAAGGGGCGUCGGCGCAGCUCCCCGGGGCGCUCCCGCCUCAAGCAGGGUCGCAGCAGCAGCUUCCCAGGGAGGAGGCGCCCCCGAGGCGGGACCCAGGGGGGCCGGGGCCGGGGCCGAGCUCGGCUGAAGUCAACCACCUCGUCCAUUGAGACCCUCGCGCUAGCGGAUAUCGACAGCUCCCCCAGCAAGGAGGAUGACGAGGAGGAGGACGACACCAUGCAGAACACUGUGGUGCUUUUCUCCAACACGGACAAAUUCGUCCUCAUGCCGGACAUGUGCGUGGUGUGCGGCAGCUUCGGGCGUGGGGCGGAGGGGCACCUCCUGGCCUGCUCCCAGUGCUCCCAGUGCUACCACCCCUACUGCGUCAACAGCAAGAUCACCAAGGUGAUGCUGCUGAAGGGCUGGCGCUGCGUGGAGUGCAUCGUCUGCGAGGUGUGCGGAAAGGCCUCGGACCCCUCGCGCCUGCUGCUCUGCGACGACUGCGACAUCAGCUACCACACCUACUGCCUGGACCCGCCGCUGCACACUGUGCCCAAGGGCGGCUGGAAGUGCCAGUGGUGCGUGUGCUGUGUGCAGUGUGGGGCGGGCUCCCCUGGGUUCCACUGUGAGUGGCAGAACAACUACACGCACUGCGCCCCCUGCGCCAGCCUUGUCACCUGCCCCGUCUGCCGGGUGAAGUACGUGGAAGACGACCUGCUCAUCCAGUGCAGGCACUGCGACCGGUGGCUCCAUGCCGUGUGCAACAAUCUCUUCACGGAGGAGGAGGUGGAACAGGCGGCAGACGAGGGCUUCGACUGCAGCUCCUGCCAGCCCUACGUGGUCAAGCCAGUCGUUCCAGUGGCCCCCCCAGAGAUCAUCCCAGUGAAGAUCAAGGAGCCGGAGCCCCAGUAUUUCCGCUUCGAAGGCGUCUGGCUGACGGAGACCGGCAUGGCCGUGCUGCGCAACCUGGCCAUGUCCCCCCUGCACAAGCGCAGGCAGCGCAAGACCCGGCUGGGCACCCUGAAUGGGGAGGGGGGCCUGGAGGGGGGCGACCCCCUGGGCACGGACGAGAAGAAGGACGGGGAUCUGGACGGGGACGACCUGCUGAAGGGUGAAGUGGGCGUGGAGCACAUGGAGUGUGAGAUCAAGCUGGAAGCUGCCGCCAGCCCCGACCGGGACGGGGGGGCCGACGUGGACUCGGGGAAGGGGCUGGAGGAUUCGGAGGAGUGCAAGAAGAGGAAGCGGAAGCCCUACCGCCCCGGGAUCGGCGGGUUCAUGGUGCGGCAGCGGAAGUCCCAUACCCGGCUGAAGAAGGGCUCGGCAGCGCUGGUGGAGGCCUGCCGCGAGGUGCUGAGCGCCGAGGGGCAUCCGGAGGACGGGGCGCCGGCGGAGAUCCCUGUGGAGGGCGCUGCGGAGCAGGGCGCCACGGAGGGGGACGAGAAGAAGAAACGCCGAGGCAGGAAGAAGAGCAAGUUGGAGGAUAUGUUCCCUGCCUACCUCCAGGAAGCGUUCUUUGGGAAGGCGCUCAUGGACCUGAGCCGGAAGGCCCUGCUGGCCGCGGGGGGUGUGGGGGAUGGAGCUGCCUGCCCCCCCUUUGGCCAGGGUGCUCCCAGACCCAGGGUGGACCCUGGGGUGCCCGGAACACUCCAGAGGGUGCCUGGAGAUGGGAAGGAGACCCCUGCCCAUCUGAAAGGGGAUGACAGCAUGGACAGCAGCACCCUGGUGGCCCAAGAGGAGGACCCGAAAGGGGCGGAAGCGAAGGCUGAGGACCCAGGGGCAGAGGAGCCGAAAGGUUCUCCGGAUCCUGGGGACAGCGAGAAGCCGGCGACACCCGGCGAGGGUGCUCUCAGCUCUGACCUUGACAAGAUCCCCACAGAAGAAUUGCCCAAGAUGGAGAGCAAGGACAUCCAGCAGCUCUUCAAGGACGUGCUGGGCUCUGCCGAGCGGGAGCAGCAGCUGAACUGUGUGGCGGCAGGGAUGGAGGCCGGCAUGGGAGGGCGAGACCCCAACCGGGCGCAGCUCUCCCAGAGGCCCUUCCUGCAAGGGAGUGUUUCUCUGGGCUCGCUCUCCUCCGCUGUCCCCAUGGAGUCCUACUCGGGAGUCUGCCAGUCCCCGUUCCUUGAUAACAGGGAGAGAAGUGGCUUCUUCAGCCCAGACCACUGCGAGCCCGAGAGCCCCUGGGCCAGCAGCUCGGCUGCCACCACCCCCUCCACACCCACCACCCCGACCACGGAGGGUGAGGGGGAUGGGCUCUCCUACAACCAGCGGAGCCUACAGCGCUGGGAGAAGGACGAGGAGCUGGGCGAGCUGUCCACCAUCUCGCCUGUACUGUAUGCCAACAUGAACUUCCCCAGCCUGAAGCAGGAUUACCCAGACUGGUCCAGCCGCUGCAAACAGAUCAUGAAGCUCUGGAGAAAGGUCCCAGCCCCGGACAAAGCCCCCUACUUGCAAAAGGCCAAAGAUAACCGGGCAGCUCAUCGCAUCAACAAGGUGCAGAAGCAGGCCGAGAGCCAAAUCAACAAGCAGACCAAAGGGGAGGUGCUGCGCAAGCCUGAGAGACCCUCGCUGCACCUGAGGAUCCCGCCCCAGCAGGGGGCACUGCCUGGUGCUGCGGGGCAGCCUGUCUACAUCAACAGCCCGGUGGCCCUGCCCGGCUCUGCAGACGGGUUCCUGAAGUCCCCUGCUGGCGCCGAAGCAGCGGCUGAGUCCAGCGAGCUCUUCCUCAAGCUUCCUUCCCAGUCGCCAGCCCAAGUGCCUUCGCACGACCCCUACAGCCUGGCCCCCACCUACCCGCUGGAGCCCCGCUUCCCCUCGCCCCUGGGCCAGAGCCCCACAGCCGGAGCUGCCUUCCAGCCCUUCCCCACACAACAGCAGCAGCAGCUCCUGCCUGCUCCCCGGCCGGCCCUGGGCCCCCAGCCUCCGGAGUUCCACCCCACCUCCCCCGGGACCCCCCGGCACCAGCCCUCCACUCCAGACCCCUUCCUGAAACCUCGCUGCCUCAGUGGCUCUCUGGACAACCUGUCGGUGCCGGGGAGCCCCGGGGCCAGGCCCCCCGAGCCCCUGCUCUCGCCCCCUCCCUUCGGGGAGCAGAAGAGGGGCCUGGAGGCUGGGGGGCUGCAGGUGAAGAAGGAGGAAGGGGGCCCGGGAGUGUGUUCUCCUGGCUACUUGGCCGCCAUGGGCUACGCCGACUCCCCAUCCCACCUCUCCUCCGCCGACGUGUUCAAAGCCCCCCUGACCCCACGGGUCUCUCAGGUAGAGCCACAGAGCCCAGGGCUGGCGCAUCCCCACCCCCAGGCUCUGGCCCCCUCACCUCCCAGCCACCCCGACCUCUAUAGGCAGUCGCCCUCCGUGUCCUGCUACUCGGACCCCUAUGCCCAGCCCCCCCUGACACCCCGGCCACAGCCCCCCGACAGCUGCUGUGCCCUGCCCCCCAGGUCCUUGCCUUCCGACCCCUUCUCCCGCGUCCCCGCUAGCCCGCAGUCCCAGUCCAGCUCCCAGUCCCCUCUGACCCCCCGGCCGCUCUCCAAUGAGGCUUGCGGCCAGUCACCCGUCACCCCUCGCUUCCAGUCGCCCGACCCCUACUCCAGACCCCCCUCGCGCCCCCAGUCCCGGGACCCCUUUGCCCCCCUGCACAAGCCCCCACGGCCCCAAAUGCCCGACUCCGGCUUCAAAUCGAUCCCAGUCUCCCACAAUCCCCCAGCUGGUGGGGGCUUCCCCCCGGCCCAGCCCAAUGACCCUCACUCCAAGGGGCCGGGGAGCCAGCAGCCCCCCUUCGCCCGCUCCCCCGGAGCCAGCGUCUUCCCUGGCGCCCAGGCCCAGAUGCGGUUCACCUUCCCCCCAGCUGGCUCAGAGCCCCUCAAGGGUUCCCCCUCCCACCAACCCCACGGGAUGAACAGCCAUUUCGCCUCUAGCCAGCCCAUGGGCAAGCCUCAAAGCGCCAACUAUGCCUCCUCGCCCGGCUUCCACCAGGCCGGUAGCCCCCUGGGGCCUGGCAGCUGCCCUGCUGAGACCUACAGCCUCUCUCCCCUGCGGCCGCCCUCGGUGCUGCCGCAGCAGCCCCCCCACCCCCAGCAGCAGCAGGACGGCGCCCUGACCUACUUGCCCCGAGCUGGGAUGGCGCCGCCAGCCGACAAGCGGGACGAGGUGGCAUCGGGGAUCUCUGCUCUCCCCAGCCGGGAGCUGCCCGAACUGCCAGUCAGCCAGGAGGGCGCCGUCAGCGGCAUCAGCCAGUCGGAGCUGGAGAAGCAGAGGCAGCGCCAGAGACUCCGUGAGCUCCUCAUCCGCCAGCAAAUGCAGAGGAACAACCUGCGGCAGGAGAAGGAGAGUGCGGCCGCUGCCACCAGCUCCUCCCAGGCACCGUGGAGCGCUGAAGCCAGCAGCCAGGCCUUCGAGCAGCUCAGGGGCCUGGCACCCUACCAGCCAGCACAGGACAAGAGCGCCCUUGGGAAUCUGCCCGCGGCCCCUGGCAGCAGCAAACUCUCCGGGCCAGUCCUGGUGCCCGCAGCCUUCGCACCGGACGAGCGGCUUUCCCGCCCGCCUCCCGCCGCCACGCCCUCCUCCAUGGACCUCAAUGGCAGGCCGUCGGUGGGAGCCCCCCAGACCUUCUUCCCACGCGGCAUGUUCCAGGGGCCCUCACCACAGCAGCAGCAGAUGUGGCAGCAGCAGCAGGCGGCCGUGCGGCUCCCUGGCCCCGCCCGCUUCCAGCAGCCGCCUGGCCACGAGCUCAGCCGGCCGGCGCUGGGGGGCCUGGCUGGGCGCAUGGCGGGCCCUGCCGAGCAGAUCCCGUCCUCGCCCGGAGCCGUGGGGGCCCAGUUCAUUGAGCUGCGGCACAAUGCCCAGAAGGGGGCAGCUGGGGGCAUGGGCUCCCCCUUUGCCCAGCAGGGCCCCCCGGCCAGACCACGCUUCUUCCUGCCUAGCAACGAGAGCUCCAGCCAGGCCCUGCGUGCCUCCGUCAUGCCUCUGCCAGCCCCGGUCCUGCAGCCCCAGAAGCUGCCGGCCCCUCUGCCGCCCUCCACUACUUCCCCGCAGGGGGCUGAGCGGAGCCACCAGCCUCCCCCCAAAAGCGGCCCUCCACUGCCCCCGCCUCCCAGCGGCCUGGAGCUUCAGCAUGGCCCGCCCCGCCCUCUGUCGUCAUCCUCCGGCUCCGGCCUGCGUCCCGACGGCCCCAAGGACGGCCCCGCCAUGGAGCCCCCGCUGGCUCCGGUCCCGGCUCCAGCUCCCAGCAAGAGCCACCUGGCGUUGGAGGGUGGGCGACUCCCAUGCGAGGUGCCGGUGGAGCCUGACCUGGACGACGACUUUGACUCCCACAAGGACCUGGAGGACGACGACCUGGCCAACCUGAGCCUGGACCCGGACGUGGCCAAGGGGGACGACGACCUGGGCAACUUGGACAACCUGGAGACCAACGACCCCCACCUGGACGACCUGCUGAACGGGGAUGAGUUCGACCUGCUGGCCUACACCGACCCCGAGCUGGACACGGGGGACAAGAAGGACAUCUUCAACGAGCACCUGCGCCUGGUGGAGUCCGCCAACGAGAAGGCCGAGCGUGAGGCUCUGCUCAAGAGGGAGCCGGCUGGGCCCUGCCCCAAGGAGCUGGCACCCCCCAGGGAGGGGCUGCCGCCCACCCCUUGCCCCUCCAGCACAGCACCGGCACCGGCUCCCCACCUGAUCUUCAAGGCCCAGGCCGGCAUCCUGGAAGCCAAGCCCACCUCCCUGCCGGCCAGUGUCCAGCCCAAGCUGGAGGAAGGCUGCCUGAAGCCAUCCCCCUGCCAGUUCAGCACUGGCGCCUCUGAUCGCCUCCCGGUCCCCAUCAAGUCAGAGGCCCUCCAGGGGGCCGAGAAAAUGGCUGCCUCCCUAGGCCUGACCCUCAAGCCUGGCCAGAACCUGCUGAGUCCCGGAGCGGGGCCCGUGCGGCUCGGCACAGCCCCCUUCCCUACCAACAGCCAAGCUGCCACCUCUGGCUCAGACAAGGGCCCCUAUGCCGCCCCGGGCCGCGGGCUGGCGCCCGGCCAGAGCACUGCCCUGCUGGAGCUGGAUGGAGGGGCCUUGGGCCUGGCCAACGCCCAGCACUCGCCGGCUGACGAGAGCUCCCUGGUGGCCAGUGAGCUGCCCCUGCUCAUCGAGGACCUGCUGGAGCACGAGAAGAAGGAGCUGCAGAAGAAGCAGCAGCUGUCGGCCCAGCUGCCGGGGGGCGCCCAGCACCUCCACCCUGUGCAGCAGCCGCAGCAGCAGCCGCAGCCGCACUCCAUACUGGCUCACCCGGCAGGGCCGGCCCAGCCCCCGGAGGGGCAGGGUCCCCGCCUGCUGGGGCCGCAGCAGCAGCUGCAGCUGGGCCUCAUCGCCAGGCAGCAGAACCUGGUGCCCACCCAACAGCUAAUGACGCAGCAGCAGCGGGUGGUGGGACCCCAGCAGGGCCAGGUGCUGGCCCCACACAUGGCGAUGGCGCAGCCCCAGCCCCAUGGCCCCACGGCCCAGCAUGGCGUCCAGCCGGCGCUGACCCCGCAGCCGAACCAGCAGCAGGUGCUGGUGCAGAAGCAGAUACCUGGAGUGCAGCCGACCCCCAUGGGCACGAAACCCCAGCAGCUCGUCAUGCAGCAGCAGCAGCUGGCCAACAGCUUCUUCCCUGACACAGACCUGGAUAAGUUUGCGGCCGAGGACAUCACGGACACCAUCACCAAGGCGAAGAUGGUGGCACUGAAGGGCAUCAAGAAGGUGAUGGCUCAGGGAAGCAUUGGGGUGGCCCCUGGGAUGAACAGGCAACAGGUGUCCCUGCUGGCUCAGCGGCUCUCGGGGGCCCCGGCCACGGCUGAACUGCAGAACCACGUCCCAGCUGGGAGCGGACAGGAGCGAAGUGGCAGCGACCCGUCUCAGGCCCGCCCCAACCCACCCACCUUCGCUCAGGGUGUCAUCAAUGAGGCCGACCAGCGGCAGUACGAGGAGUGGCUCUUCCACACCCAGCAGCUCCUGCAGAUGCAGCUGAAGGUGCUGGAGGAGCAGAUCGGCGUGCACCGCAAGUCGCGCAAAGCCCUGUGCGCCAAGCAGCGCACGGCCAAGAAGGCCGGCCGCGAGUUCCCCGAGGCCGACGCGGAGAAGCUCAAGCUGGUGACGGAGCAGCAGAGCAAGAUCCAGAAGCAGCUGGACCAGGUUCGGAAGCAGCAGAAGGAGCACACCAACCUGAUGGCCGAGUACCGCAACAAGCAGCAGCAGCAUCAGCAGAGUUCUGCUGUUAUGGCCCUGAGCCCCUCGCAGAGCCCCCGGCUCAUGGCCAAGCUCCCGGGCCAGCUGCUCUCCGCCCACGGUGUCCAGCAACAGCUCCCCCAGCAAGCCGGGGCCAUGGUGGGGGUGCAAGGCCUGGGCCAGCAGCCCAACCAGCUGGCAGGGCAAGCAGGCAACGUGCGCUUGCCCCAGGGCGGAGUCUCCAUGGCGGUCCAGCAGGGCCUGUCCUUCAUGGGCCAGCAGCAGCUGGGGAACGCAGCCGUCCCGGGCACGUCCAACAGCUUCUUCCCCGGGAAUCCUGCGCUCCGGGGGCUGGCUGCCGACACCCGGCUGAUGCAGGAGAGGCAGUUGCAGAGGAUGCAGCUGGCUCAGAAACUGCAGCAGCAGCAAAGCAUGCUGGGACAGGUGUCAUUGCAGCAGCAGCAGCAAAGCAUGCUGGGACAGGUGUCGUCAUUGCAGCAGCAGCAGCAGCAACAGCAAAGCAUGCUGGGACAGGUGUCGUCAUUGCAGCAGCAGCAGCAGCAACAGCAAAGCAUGCUGGGACAGGUGUCGUCAUUGCAGCAGCAGCAGCAGCAACAGCAAAGCAUGCUGGGACAGGUGUCGUCAUUGCAGCAGCAGCAGCAACAGCAAAGCAUGCUGGGACAGGUGUCGUCGCUGCAGCAGCAACAGCAAAGCAUGCUGGGACAGGUGUCGUCGCUGCAGCAGCAAAGCAUGCUGGGACAGGUGUCGUCGCUGCAGCAGCCCCCUGCUCCCCAGCAGGGCAGUGGGGGGCAGCCCAUGGUUCCAAAGCAGCAGGGGAUCCUGGUCCAGCAGCUCUCGCCUCAGCCGCAGGCAGGCAUGAUGGGGCACUCCCAGGUGUCCAUGCUGCAGCAUCAGGGCGUCGCAGGCCACCAGAACCCCCCGCGGCAGGUGCUGUUAGCACCCCACCAGCAGAGGGUGCUGGGCUCGCCUCAGCUGGUGCAGCAAACUCACGGCCUCCUGGGCCACCGGCUGAUUUUAUCACCAGCGCAGCAGCAGCAGGCGGGACUUCUGGGCCAGUCACGGACCUUGCUGACCCAGCAGCAGCAGAGCUCUCUAGGGCUGGGGCAGGGGCAGGGGCAGGCUGCCAAGCAGCAGAUACAGCACUUUCCACAGCAUGGGGCCCUGGGCCAGUCCUCCUCCAUGCUACACUUGAGUCAGGGAGUUCCGCCAGCCCUGCAGGGCACGGCUGCCAAGGAGCAGCAGGGAGGGGCAGAGAACGCUGGGCUGCCCGCAGAGGGUGCCGAGGGCAGGAGGCAGCAUCAGGUUCAGCUGGCAGCCGCUGGGGGUGGGCCGGGCAGCCAGGACCUCGGGGGGCAGCCGCACAUGGGCACUCAGGAGCAGCAGGGCAUUCAGAACCUCAAUCCCCUGGCACUGGCCAGCCAGGAGCAGCUGGCGCCCCUGGGUGGAGAGCAGCAGCCGCAGAAACCCCAGCCCGAGCCAGGGCAGCAGCAGCCCUGCCUGCUGCCCUCCCCGCAGCAGCCCAUGGCGAGCUCCUUGCAGCUGCAGCAGCCGCAGCGAAUGCAGGGGGCCCCGCAGCAAAGCAACCUGCUUCAUCCGCCACUGCAGAACAGCGGGGGGCUGGCGCAGCUGGGGGGCACCAUGAGGCCAGAGCAGCCGCACUCGGACCCUGCCCAGGGGCCUCACUUGCUGGCCCCACAGAGCUCAGGGGCAGAACAGCAACAGCAGCCCGGGAACAUGAUGAGCCAGGGGCAAAGCCUCAUGGGCCAGCCGCCGCCGCAAAGGAUUGUGGGCCAGCCACCAGCACAGAGCCUAGACCAGCAGCCGAAAGGGCUGGUGGGCCAGCGGCUGCCGAGCCCGGCGGCGCAGCACCAGCAGAGCCUGCCGGUCCCGCAGGUGUCGGCUCCCGUGAUGGGCCAAAUCCAAGCUCAGCUGCAAGGCGUCAUCUCCAAAAACCCCCAGCUGCGGCACCUCACCCCGCAGCAGCUGCAGGCCAUCCUGGUGCAGCGCCACCAGCAGAGCCUGCUGCAGCAGAGCCAGGCACUCAGGCAGGCCCAGGCCUCUGCUGAGCAGGGGCCCUCGGCCCUGCAGGCCUCCAUGGUGCGCCGGCAGCCGGGGACAGCGUUCCAGGUCCGGCCAGCCGGCCCCUCCGCUGCUGCCGAGCAGAUGCAGCCAGGGUUUGUCAUGGAGCAGGCGUCUGCCGGCCAGCAGAGAGCGCCGCUGGCGGGGCGGAGUCCCCAGCAGACGGUGCUCAGACUCUCUGCCCCAGUCCAGCCGCCCAUGAGCAUGGUCAGCCUGGGCUCUGUGCAUCAGCACCCCCCGCCCAGCUGGGAACAGAGCCCCCAAGAGCCAAAGGAACCCUCCCCGCCCAGUGUGGUACAGCCCCAGCACAGACUGACGCCCACCCAGAACAGCCUCCUAGCGGAGCCGGUGCCCCCCAUCCCAAAGCCGCCCCCCAGCCAAACAGGGGAGGAGUCCUUUGCUGGGACCCCUGGCCGCUGGGAGCUGGCAGCGCAGGGGCCCAGCUCCUCUCCCAGCAGGGAGCCCACGGCUGGAGCGAGAAAGCCACCGGACCGGAGCCUGGCCGGGAGUCAAGUCAACGGGCAGGUGGUAGAAAGGCCAGGCCCACAGGCCUCUCCUCUGGAAGGGGGGGCCCUGCCAGCUGAGGCCCCCGGGGUCUGCAUCAAGCAGGAGCCCAAGGAGGAGACAGCGCAGUGCGUGCUGGGCGGGGGCCAGGCUGUGAAACGCGAGGCCAACGGGGAGCCGGCCCCCGCCCCGGCCCACAGUCUGCUGCUGGGCAGCCAGCUGCUGGUGGGUGCCCGGUCUGAGGCCGGGCACCUGCUGCUGCAGAAGCUGUUGCGGGCCAAGAACGUGCAGCUGGCGUCGCAGCGCUCCGCCGAGGGGCUGCACUCCAAGGUCAACGGGCACAGCGACGGCAAGCUCUCGGGGCUGGAGCAGAGGCUGCAGGCGGCUCCCCCUGGCAGAGAGGAUCCCUCUGCCAGCAAGAAGCCUCUGGCCCCGAAGCCCAAGCGGGCCCAGAAGAGCGGGGAGCGGGUGGCCGCCUCCCGCAAGAAGCUGCGCAAGGAGGAUGGGCUCAAAUCCAGCGAGGCCCUAAUGAAGCAGCUGAAGCAGGAGCUCUCCCUGCUGCCCCUGGUGGAACCCACCAUCACAGCCAACUUCAGCCUCUUCGCGCCCUUCGGCAGCAGCCCCAUCAACGGCAAGAGCCAGCUGAAGGGGGCGUUCGGCAGCGCCGUGCUGGACAGUGUCCCCGACUACUACACCCAGCUGCUCACCAAGAACAACCUGAGCAACCCGCCUACCCCGCCCUCCUCGCUGCCCCCCACCCCGCCCCCCUCUGUGCAGCAGAAGAUGGUGAACGGCGUCACCUCCUCGGAGGAGCUGGCCGAGCAGCCCAAGGAGCCGGACCAGGCCCGGGAAGCCGAAGGCCGGAAGGACGCGCCUGCCGUGGAAGUGAAGAGCCUAGACCUGCUGGCGGCCCUGCCCACGCCCCCGCACAACCAGACCGAGGACGUGAGGAUGGAGAGCGACGAGGAGAGCGACUCCCCCGACAGCAUCGUCCCCGCCUCGUCCCCAGAGAGCGUCCUGGGCGAGGAGCCGCCCCGCUUCCCCCUGCUGGCCGACACGAAGCCGCAGCUGCAGGAACGGGUGCUGUCGCCCGUCAUCCCCAUCAUCCCCAGGGCCAGCAUCCCAGUGUUCCCUGACCCGAGGCCCCCCGAGGCGCGGGAGCCCUUUGGGGAGCACGGCGGGAAGGUGGCCCUGGCACAGAGCGUCGCAUGGGAGAAGGGGAAAGGCAGCGAAGUCUCCGUCAUGCUGACCGUCUCGGCCGCAGCUGCUAAGAACCUGAACGGCGUCAUGGUGGCCGUGGCCGAGCUGCUCCGCAUGAAGAUCCCCAGCUCCUACGAGGUGCUGUUCCCUGAGAGCCCGGUGCGGGGCUCUGGGCCCGAGGCCAAGAAGGUGGAGACGGACGGGGCUGGUGGGCUCGGUGGCAAGGCCAAGGCGGCGCUGGCAGGGAAAGCCCCCGACGCUGGCACCGAGUGGCUGAAGCAGUUUGAUGCCAUGCUGCCAGGGUACAGCCUCAAGAAUGAGCUGGACAUCCUGACGCUGCUCAAACAGGAGAGCCCGGGGCUGGACAAGGCCGUGCAGCACUGCUACGUGAACAACGUCUCCAACCUGGACGUGCGUCAGCUCUCCAUCCUGCCCCAGGAGCCAUCCCCGCCCCUGUCGCCCCUCGCCCCUUCCCCUGCCAGCCCCGCCGACGGGGACAGGAUCCCAGAGGCACCCCCUGAGGUGGCCCCUGCGCCCCCCUCCCCACCCGCCAAGGAGGAGGCGGCGGCGGCGGCGCACUCGCCACCCAAGCUCAAGCAGCGCUCGCGGCCCCCGGAAGAGGGAGAGGAGCCCCGGCCCCGGCUCAAGAAGUGGAAGGGGGUGCGGUGGAAGCGGCUGCGUUUCCUCCUCACCAUCCAGAAGGGCGGAGCCAAGCAGGACGGCGAGAAGGAGAUCUCCGAGUUCAUCGAGAAGCUGGGUACCACCCUGCGGCCCGAGAAGGUGCCCCGGGACCUGCGCAAGUGCUGCUUCUGCCACGAGGAGGGGGACGGUGCCACCGACGGGCCCGCCCGCCUCCUCAACCUUGACCUGGACCUCUGGGUGCACCUGAACUGCGCCCUGUGGUCCACCGAGGUGUACGAGACGCAGGGCGGGGCGCUGAUCAACGUGGAGGGGGCGCUGCACCGAGGGCUGCUCACCAAGUGCUCCCUGUGCCAGAAGACGGGGGCCACCAACAGCUGCAACCGCAUCCGCUGCCCCAGCGUCUACCACUUCGCCUGCGCCAUCCGGGCCAAGUGCAUGUUCUUCAAGGACAAGACCAUGCUGUGCCCGCUGCACAAGCUCAAGGGCCCCUGCGAGCAGGAGCUCAGCACCUUCACCGUCUUCCGGCGCGUCUACAUCGAGCGCGACGAGGUCAAGCAGAUCGCCAGCAUCAUCCAGCGCGGCGAGCGCCUCCACAUGUUCCGCGUGGGCGGCCUGCUCUUCCAUGCCAUCGGCCAGCUGCUGCCCCACCAGAUGGGCGACUUCCACAGCGUCACGGCCCUCUACCCCGUGGGCUUCGAGGCCACCCGCAUCUACUGGAGCCUGCGCACCAACAACCGCCGCUGCUGCUACCGCUGCACCAUCUGCGAGAACAACGGGCGCCCUGAGUUCGUGGUGCAGGUCAUCGAGCAGGGCCUGGAGGACCUGGUCUUCACCGACUCCUCGCCACAGGCCGUCUGGAACCGCAUCAUCGAGCCGGUGGCGGCCAUGAGGAAGGCGGCGGACAUGCUGCGGCUCUUCCCCGAGUACCUGAAGGGCGAGGAGCUCUUUGGCCUCACAGUGCAUGCAGUGCUGCGCAUCGCUGAGUCCCUGCCUGGUGUGGAGAGCUGCCAGAACUACCUGUUCCGCUAUGGGCGCCACCCGCUGAUGGAGCUGCCGCUGAUGAUCAACCCCACCGGCUGUGCCCGCUCCGAGCCCAAGAUCCUCACCCACUACAAACGGCCCCACACCCUGAACAGCACCAGCAUGUCCAAGGCCUACCAGAGCACGUUCACGGGGGAGACCAACACGCCCUACAGCAAGCAGUUCGUGCACUCCAAGUCCUCGCAGUAUCGCCGCCUCAAGACCGAGUGGAAGAACAACGUGUACCUGGCGCGCUCCCGCAUCCAGGGGCUGGGGCUGUACGCCGCCAAAGACCUGGAGAAGCACACCAUGGUCAUCGAGUACAUCGGCACCAUCAUCCGCAACGAGGUGGCCAACCGGCGCGAGAAGAUCUACGAGGAGCAGAACCGGGGAAUCUACAUGUUCCGCAUCAACAAUGAACACGUCAUCGACGCCACGCUGACGGGGGGCCCAGCCAGGUACAUUAACCACUCGUGCGCCCCAAACUGUGUGGCUGAGGUCGUGACCUUCGACAAGGAAGAUAAGAUCAUUAUCAUCUCCAGCCGCCGGAUUCCCAAAGGGGAGGAGCUGACCUACGACUACCAGUUUGACUUUGAAGACGAUCAGCAUAAGAUCCCCUGCCACUGCGGAGCCUGGAACUGCAGGAAAUGGAUGAACUAGCCGCCACAGGGCCACCAGUCGCAGGCAGCCCCUGGUGCGCAGCUGCAAGGAGGCCUCUGCUGCGGGUUCUCCUCCCCCCUUGCCAUGCUGGGGGCGGGGGAGGCAGAGAUGGUGUAGGGGAAACGGCCCCAGCUGGAACCCAGGAAGCGAGGUUGGUGCAGGUGGGUCAGCCGGGGCCGCUUUCGGUUCCAAAGGCGAGGUGGCUCCAGGGGGCACCGGUCCUUGCUCACACCCAUCGGAUGCUGUCCACCUAACUCCCACAGGGAGGGCGCAUCGAAAAGACCAGGGACCUCUGUUCUCUCUCUAGCCCUGCGCGCCUCGGCCCUGGGCCUCUGCUGGCAGGGUGCUGCUCUCCCCGAGUGGGUGGCCGCAGCGCCAUGAGUGGAACUGAUGAACUGGCAACUCAGGGUUUUCUUUGUUUUGUUUUGCGAGGAGGGCAGGGCCUGUGGCACCAACCAAACUGCUCUGUCUACCUUGCUCACUGUAAAUAACUGGACGGAUGCCGGGCGAUCGGGGUGCUCCAGCUCAGAGUCUGGGGCGGGGCGGCCGAGGUAUCGGACCCACGGGGAGCUCAGAUCCAGUCUGUUCGUUUAAAAAAAAACCUAAUAAUAUUUGCUCGCUAACUUACCAAGGUAACAAAGAGACUCCUUGAGCUUGACAAUCCCAAACCUCCGAGCCCGGCUCUCUGGAGACAGACAGAGCUCGCUUGGGCUUCGGUUUAUUUCUUGUUCUGUCAACGAAAGCACCGUGAGCAUGUGAAGGAGGCAGCGGCUGCCGGAGCAGAGCUGGGGAGAGCCGUGUGCAGAAAAGGGCUCCCUACCCCCGAUGGACGCAAGGAGCCUCUGCACCCAAACCUACCUCAUUUUAAGUGUUAGAUUCUGCUGUUUUCAAUGUGACCCUCCCUCUGAGUCUGACCACAUGCAACCUUCCUAGUUCGGAAUGAGAACUAGUGGCAGUGGGCGGAGCCUGGGGAAUCCCAAGGAGUGGCAGUGGGCGGAGCCUAGGGCAAGGGCGAUUGUAGCCUUGAGCUCUGACCUGGUUCUGCCUGGAAGGAGAGAGACCAUAAAAUAUCCCAGGAUCCCCUCCCCCCACCUGUGGGCCCCGCCUGGUUGGGUGCACAGGUGUGUUCCUGGCGA